UCCAAAUUUGGCCAUGACUACAAGUACACCUGCACCACCAAUGACCACAACUUUGCCAGAAACAACUUCUACUCCAACAACAAACAGAGUGGCAAAGUCAACUACAGCUACACAAAAUGCAUCUACAUCUGCCCCAACAACAAACACAGAUUCAUCAUCUUCAACUUCUACGCAGACUUCAAUCACAGCAGCACCAACUACUACUGCCCAAACUAUGGCGGCACCUGUGUCAACAUCACCAACACCUGCAACAACUACAUCUACCAGAACAACAGCCACAGCUGUACCAAUUACACCUUCUGGACAAACUACAGUCACAACUGAAGCAACAACUUCUUCCCAAAGUAUAACCACAACUGUAUCAACAACCAAAGUUGCAGCAACUAUAAUAUCUGCACCAACAUUAACCAGAGUUUCACCUACAACCACACCUGCAUCAUCAAACACUACAGCUUCACCAAUUACAAUUUCUACCACAACCUAUAUAACAACACCUGCCUCAACAAUAAUCACACCUACUCCUGCAAUCACAACAGCAUCAACUACAAUCAGACUGGUUCCAACAACCACAGCUUCAACAACUCCAAAUUUGGCUGUGACUACAACAACACCUGCACCAAUAAGAACCACAACUUUGCUAGAUACAACCUCUGCUCCCACUACUGCUGGACCAAUAAUUACUGCGCCACAAACUAUAAUCACACCUCACCAAAUUACAACCACAACAAUACAAACAACCACAGCUGGACCAACUAUGACUACAGCCCAAUUUACAGCAACAUCCACCCAAACAACAACCAUAUCUUUCAAUAUUACAAACACUCCAGCAUCUGCAAUGACGACAUCUUCCCCUACAACUACAGCUGCACCAACUAACUCUCUUGGUUCCCCUACAACACCCACAGCUACAAUAUCUACAACCACAUCUAAACCAACAUUGACCACAGCUGCAUCAACAACAGCUACUGCUACCCGAGCUACAACCACGUCUGCCUCAACAUCAACCACAUCUUUCCCAAUAACAGCUACAGUUUCACCAACUACAAGUUCUGGUGCCCAAGCAAGAACCAUACCGGUUGCAGCAACAUCUAAUGCCGUAUCAACUACGACUAUUGCUGCCCCAUUCACAGCCACUGCCCCAGUUACAGCCGCACUGACUCAAACGUUUUCUCAGACUACAAUCACAGGUGAACCAAUAACAAACAUAGCCAAACAAAGUACAAAUACUACCACUACAAAAAUGUCUACCCCAACAACAACUACAGUUACCCAAAUGACAAAAUCUGUUUCAAACACAACCACAGUUACAACAACUACAUUUUCUGCCCCAACAACAGCUAUUCCUGCCCUAUCAACAACCAAAGAUCCUGCAGCUUUCUUUUCACCAACUAUACCUUCUACACCAACAGCUGCUCCAUCUACAACUUCUAUCAAAACAACACCUACAGCUGCACUAACUGCUGCAGCCCAAUCAAAAACCACAGCGUCACCAACAACUACUUUUAGCCAAACUACAACUUAUGGUGCCCCUACAAUAACAACAGCUGCAGUAACUACAACCAUACAUACACCAACUAUAACAACGUCUACUCCAACAACAACAACAACUACUGCUGACCGAAGUAUAACUGCAUCUAUCUCAAUAACAACCACAGAGGCAGUAACUUCAGCUUUGCCUCCAAUAACAACAACACCUGCUCCAACUGAAAUGUCUACCCAAACAACAACCACAGGUGCCCAACCUACAAACACAACAGUUUCAAAAACAACAGACAACAACAGAGUUUCAGCAACAGUAACAAAACCAGCUCUAACAACAUUUACAGAUGAAUUAACACAAACCAGAGCUGCAUUAACAACCACUGUUGCCCAAAAUGCAACCACGUUAACAACCACAGUUACCCCAAUAUCCACUGCUGCACAAAUAACUACUAUUGACCCAAACAAAACCACACCUGCACUAGUAACAACCAACAUUGCACCAAAAACAAACAGCGUUUCAGCAACAAUAAACACAGCUGAAUUAACACAAGCCAUAGUUGCAUCAGAAACCACAUCUGUCCCAAUAACAACCACAGCUGUACCAACUACAGUCAUAGCUGCCCCGUCAAUGCAUACAGCUUCCACAACAACAACCACAGCUGCAUCAAUUACAACUACAGCUUUACAAACCACUACAGCUUCACCAACAACAAACACUGCUGCCCAAACUACAACCUCACCUGCCUCAACACCAGCCCCAGGUGGAGUAACUACAAUUUCUGGCAUGACUACAACCACACCUGACUCCACAACCACAACUGCAUCAACUACAACAUUUACUCCAACAAGAAUCAGAGUUUCAGCAACCACAGCUGCAUCAACUGCAACCACCUUUGUUUCAGCAACCACAGAUUCAAUGAAUACAAAUUUGGUUAUGCUUACAACCACACCAGAGCCAUCAACAACCACACCUUUGCCAAAUACAACUGCUGACCCAACAACAAACACAGAGGCAACAACUCCAACUUCUUCCCAGACUUCCACCAAUGCUGAACCAAGUAUUGCUGCCCAGACUAUCACCACACCUGUCUCAACAACAUCCUCACUUCCAACAAGUACAACAUAUGUCAGAACAAUAACCACAGCUGCACCAACUACAGUUUCAGGCCAGAUGACACCCACAGCUGAAACAACAAAUGUUGUCCACACUACCCCUAUCACAAGAACCAUGGCUGUACCAACUACACGUGUACAAAAUAGCCCAGCUUUAACUACUACAGGCUCUGCCCCAACAACAGUCACAGUUGCACCAACAAUGACUGCUGCCCAAACUACAAUGAGAUCUUCUCCAACAACCACCAAAACUGUAUCAACCACAAAUCCUGCCACGACUACACCCUCAACCAUAGCUUCACCAAUUAUAACUUCUGUUCCAGCAACAACAACCAUAUUUACCUCAACAACAAUCACAUUUGCACCAACAACUUCUAUUUCCAACACUGCAACCACACCUUCCCCCACAACCACUGCAUCAACUCAAACCAUAUUUGCACCUCCAACAACUAUAGCUCCAUCAACUAUGACAACAGCUGCACCAAUUUCAAGUGCAACUGAUACUACAGCUCUGCCAACAAUAACCACAUCUGCCAGAACUAUGGCCACAUCUGUGUCAAGUAUAACCACAGCAGCACAGACUACAACCAUAUUUGCACCUUCAACAACUAUAGCUACACCAAGUAUGAUGACUGGUGCAGUGACUUCAGCCACAACUACAGCACUGCCCACUACCACCUCUGAUCUAACUACAACCACAGAAGUGCCAAAUAAAACCAAAGCAGCCCAGACUACAACCAUAGAUACACUACCAACUGCACCAUCAACAGCUGUUUCAAUAACAGCAGCUGCCCCAGAUAUGACUACAGCUGUGGUACCAGAAACUACAGCCACCCCAACUACAACCCUGUCUGUCCCAGACCGUUCAACAUCUAAAUUUACAAGCAAUCAAAAAAUUCAAAAUAAAAGAGGAUCUACGGGUGCAACAUCCUUCGUAAAAUCUUUAAAAACAUCAGCAGCAUCUCAAAAAUUAAAAGGAACUAUAGUGUUCUUCCAAUAUAACCCCAAAAUUGCUAUGCUGAGGCCCAUUACCUUUGACCACCCAACUGUGUUCAAGGCCACAUUUACAGUUUCAAAUGCCUCUCAUCCAGAGGAACAAGAGGAGCCUCCAUAGAGCAUCAUAAAUGUGAAGGUCAAUCUAACUGAUUAUCACGUCAGUCUUCCUUCAGUGAGUCAGCACACACCCUCAUUCAAAGUGUGCGGAGUCAUCGUUAAUGAACUGCCUUACAGCUCUGAAAGAAUUCAAAAGAAUGCAUUCACAAGAAGAUGCAUAGUAAUUUCUUCUGAUGCUCAAUAAGUGGAUGUAUUGUACAGUACUGUAUGUGAAGUAUCUGAAUUGCCCUAUAUGAUCUGGGUCAAUGAGUUCAUAAGCUUGUCACAUAUACAGUAUCUGUCCUGAGUCUACGAGUUCAUGGGUUUGUUAUGUUGUGGGUGAGGGGUCCUAUGGAACUGGGGCCUCUUGGCUGGGGAGAAUCAUUUUAAGUCAACUCAGAUGAUCUCCUUUAACCAAGAACAUCUCACGUUAACAAAAGAGCUACAUGAGUGCAUAUCACGUAUAGAUCGGAGGACUUUCAUACUAGCUAACUGUUCUUCAGGUAAACCAUGGUGCCUGUUUAAUGCCAGACUUUUUAACCCUAUGAUGCAUGGAUUAUAAGAACCCUAAUCAAGUUUUUUGUUUUUUUUUCCUGAGUGUUUUUAUUCCUCUUUAGGCAUGAAAAAAACAAUGUGAUUGGAUUUUUUCAAAUGAACCUAUUAUUUAUGGAGUUACAAAAAUGUCCACUCAGCUGGACACUAUUCGUUUAAUUUUUGAUGCAAAGAAACAUGUAUUUAAAAC